AUGGCGACAGGAGAUGAAUCCGAGCCAUCUCAAAUUUCAUUCAAAGAAGCCUGGAAAUGCAGGCCUAAGAACAUGGAUAUUAGACCCUCCAUGAAGAUGCGUUCCAUUGUACCAAAUAACAAUGAUUGUGAUACUCCAUGGUUAUCCACUGAUUCUGAGAAGAACCAAUUGAGGCAUAUGCUUGAAUUGCUUUUGAAAAAUUUGGACAAAGUCGUCUUGAAGCCCAAGAUAUUUGCUGAUGCUGUUCUUUGGCGUACUUCUGACAUUAGGAUUGAAAUAGAGGAUGUGUCUUCAGGGCGUUUAGAUUUAGAAGUUGUGAUCAUGAUUGCUGGUGGUAGUGGAAUCUCAGGGCUUGUACGAUUGGCAGAGAUACAUUGGGCAGUUCGAGAUCGAAUGGCAGCUGAUUGUUGGUUUGACAAAAGGAUGGAUGGAGGCCAAUAUCUACUUUGUGAUGGCCGCACUGGCAAGUUCCUGAAAACUGGAAAUAUUACUGUUGGACAUGAUUCUAUUGUGUCCUGGGCCAAUCAGGACGCUUAG